AUGAAGCGGAUGCAAGAUGAGAUGGAUCGAAAGCUGGAACUUAGCCUAACAGCCCUCGAGCGUGAACGGGGUCCAGGACCUCUCGACCUGAAGAGAUACCCACCUAACUACUUCCUCAGCAUCAGGCAGGGCCCUAAGGAGAAGUUGCGGGACUACAUUAACCCUUUCAAUCGAGAAGUAAUUAGCAUCCCUAGUUGCUCCAAGGAUACGGCCUAUACUGCCUUUCUAGCUGGGUUCCGAAGAGGACCUUUCCUGUUCCAUGUCAACAAGUUUCCACCUAAGAGUUAUGAGGACCUGGUGUCCGAGGUGUAUCGCCAUGCCAUAGUUGAGGAGAUGACAUACGAUACACAAGAAGGAAGGGACCCAUCGCAACCUGGUGUAGGAGAUAAACAGAGAGAAGAUCGGAAUGAUGUACGCGAGAAGCCAGACUACAAGAAAGGAAGAUUUGAGAAUUCUAAAUGA